GCCUCCGUAAAACCAGUGUCACGUUGCUUAGCUUUGGGCCUGAGCAGUCCCCGCCACUCACACGCCCACAUUCAUCUUGUAUUAAAAGGAGACAGGAAGGCCGACGUCAGCGGCGCUCCAGUGUGAUUACAAGGAAAGAAAGGAAACAUAAUAUUACAUCAUCUCCGGUAUUGAUAAACAGCAAAAUUAAAGACCUACCAUCAAGGAAAGAUUAAAAAUGCCAAGAAGUGCCGUGGGUAGCACCAGGGCCAGCAGCAGUCACAGCACUAGAGCGGCAAGCAGCAGGAGUGAAGGAAGACAAGGAGGGGGAGGAGGAGGAGGCGGAGGGGUGAGCAUAUGGGAUGUGGCUGUCAACGAAGGGAGGAAGAGAAGACAGGACCUCGUCAACGACACUGAGAGAACAUCAAGGGAGGCAACGGUGAUGCUGGUGGGGACACGGGGAGCGGGCAAGACAACACUCCUGCAGAAGUUCCUGGACAGGGAGGAGACGGCGAGGCACACGCUGGCCCUGGAGUAUACCUAUGGACGCAAGACUGGCCGGACCCUGGUAAAGGAUGUCUGUCACCUGUGGGAGCUUGGAGGCGGGUCACUCUUCACGCCCCUCCUGUCCACUCCCCUCACCCCGAGGAUACUCCCCAGACUCUCCUUCGUCCUCGUCCUCGACUUGUCUCACCCUCAAACCCUCUGGACUGACCUCGUCACCCUCCUCGCAGCACUGAAGGAGGAGGUGGGGAAGGCUGCCUCGUCUGUGCCUGGCCUGCGAGCGUCUCUGGAAGCUGCGGCUGUCAAGAGGUUACAGGCCGGCGCCAACACUCUUGAGGCGGAGGUCAAACCCUUUCUUGUGCCGUUGGUCAUAGUCGGAGGGAAAUAUGACGUCUUCCAGAACCUUGAACCCGAGGGAAAGAAGAUGAUUUGCAGGGCCUUGAGGUUCGUGGCACACACACACGGCGCGUCACUUCAGUUCUUCUCAGCGCGUGAUCCUGGCUUAGUGAAGAAGGCGAAGGAGCUGUUGAGCCACCUUGCGUUUGGUACAGCAGAAAGCCGUAACCUCGCCCAAGACUACAACAAACCGCUCAUCAUCCCAGCCGCCAGUGACACUCUCGCCGCCAUCAACCUGAACGAGGACCUCACCCUGGACACCUGGGGGCACAAGUUCACCGCCAAGUACCCACAGGAGAGGCAAGAGGGUUCGUCAGCCAUGCCCGAGGACCCAGCGCGUGACCCCACCUACGCCGAGCCUGACGUGGACAACCUCAGGGCACAGAAGGACGAGGAGCUGGAGAGAAUCAGGAGGGAGGUUGGGAGGAAUGCUGCUCGGUGGGCUGACCUUGACCUGACCUAAGGAAUGGAGGGAGGAGAUGAAGAAGGAGGAGGAGAAGAUGAAGGAAGAGGAGGAAGAGAGGAUGAAGACACAGAAUAAGGAGAAAGAAAUGAAGAUGAAGGAGAAGAUGGAGGAGGAGGAGGAGGAGGAGAAGGAGGAGGAGGAGGAGAUGAAGAUGAUGAAGAAACUGAUGAUAUUGUUGGAGGUGAUCUCAAGGGAGUGACCUAGGACGGGAGAGCUAUCAAUAAGGGCAUUUUACACUACUAACCUUAGGACUAGUAUGGCAUUUACGAGCAAAAUCAUCACACAGAAUAAAGCUGAACCAAUCUUUUAUUAUUAUUGUGAUUAUUUGGGCACAUUAAAAAGAGUAAAAAAUAUAUAUGAACAUGAAAUAAUCCCGAAUACAAAACAGGAAAAGAAAAGAAAAAGGGAAGAGUGAACAUCUGAGCACACACACACACACACACACACACACACACACACACACACACACACACACACACACACACACACACACACACA